AUGGAGCGUGCCAUGCUCGGCAUAACCGUACACGACCGAGUCCGGAACGAGCUCAUCAGACGUUGCACGAAAGUGGGGCUUCACACAUGUGUCCGGCCCAAGCCGAACGUUGCCGAAGAAAAGACGAACGUUGGAGCAAGUGCGUUUCGGAGUGGGGAUUGUGGGGAGUGGAGAAGUGUGGGCAGACCACCAGCCCGAUGGUCCGAUGACAUUAAGAAGACAGCCGGCACAGUCUGGAAAAGGGAAACAAAAAGUCGUGCCGAAAGGAAGAAAAUUGGAGAGGCGUAUGCCCAAGGGUGGGCGAACACACGC